AAACAAAGAGGUGCAGGUACUGCAUUCCAGUGUCGGCUCACUUCAAGCACUGACUCUGUGCAAAUUUAACCUGUUUGCUCCAGAUCCAUGUAUAAAAACUGGUUCAACUGGCUGAAUUAAAGAAUUUUUUAAAAAAUAUUUUUUGGACUGCCGGAGGAAACCAGAGUAGGCUUCAAAGCCCAAACAAUGCUACCCAAUAAACCAUCACGCCCUCUUAAAAUGACAAUACAUUAUGAAUUUAUUAAUCUGUUGUCGGUAUUAACUCCAAGACUGAAUAAAAGAGAAUGUCUAUAUCCAUGUCAAUUAUUUAUUGCGAAACUUAAAACAGCAGUCCAUUUAAGAUUAAUGUGAAUAAAUCGUGAAUGAGAAUGGAAUUGUCUAGUUUACGGAGAACUGUCAAUUUCAGAGUGAAGUAUAUUAGAAAAUAUACCUAUAUCAACAAAGAUCAUAUUCACAUUUAUUAACUUGUUUCUUUGUUACACAAUAGAUCCCCAACCGGAUGUGAAACAGAAUUUCCUCAAAAUGCGAACAUAAAUAGGCGAGUCUGAAAGUCAAAUUUGAAAUACUUCCAAAGAAGGAUCUACACCAGAACCUCAAUAUUAUAACAACACAUCCAGUUUACUGUUCUACUUCGGACUUAUUUGCAGACAUGAUGUGUAACGCUGGUUUCGACCUGAGCCAGGCCCUAGAAUGCUCUGAUGGAUGUGGUGUUAAAUCCGAAAUGAGCCCACAGCAUCCAUUUAAGCGGGAGGGAUCGCUGUGUGACCUGCACUCUGGGAUUAAGCUGGAAGUCACCCUGCACCCUCACAACAUGCGGCAGGUGGCCAACCUCAUCAUCACCAUGCACAGGAUCAAGAACAACCAAAGGCUGAAGGGCACAGAGUUCAGUGACCAGGAGCUGCUCAACAUCAUGCUGGAGAGUGUUGUUGAAGAGUGUGUGGUGAGGGAUGUCGCUGACCAAACACAGAGCAGUGACACAGUAUUCACCAGCACGAGCCGGAUGGAGGAGUGCAACGUGUGUGACCAGUAUCAGAAGAGCCUAGUGCUGCACGAGGAGGCCCUUGAGCUGCAGGCUAUGUGGCUGCAGGGUGGCACUUUCAGUCACAGAGUGAGACUGAACCUGUCGACAUAUGUGAGUCCAAGUCUACCGGGUGGCUCCGCUCAACCAGUCGCCCUGGGCAUCGCUGGGACCAACCUCUACCUGUCAUGCUCCGUGAAGCAAGAAACACCCAUUCUCCAGCUGGAGGAGGUCAACAGUAGCUCCAAGCUGAAAAUCAUCAGUGCCCAAGCUGACAUGGCGCGCUUCCUGUUCUUCAAGAGGGGCUCUGCUCUGACCAUGACCAGCUUUGAGUCUGCCAAGUACAACGGGUGGUUUAUCAGCACCGCUAUGGAGGACGGAGAACGUGUGGACAUGUGCACCACACAGGAUAGCAGUCGUCUCACAUCCUUCAUGGUCAAACAGGUGUGAAGCCUUUUUUAUUUGUUAAUUUACCAGUGCCUUUGUAUGUAUGUACCAAGUACAACUACACUAUGUGCCUCAUUGUUUUGAUGUCGUUUGGUUGAAAAAUACCAACCCUUCAAGAGCUAACGCACUUCGCCACUAGGUGGCGAUUUAUUUUAAGUCACAUAUAACAUGUUAUUUUAUACAAAACAAAUUGUUUUGUUUUCGUUGCAAAAAUACGCUAUUGCAAUGGCUCUCUACUUCAGAUGAAUUAAGAUGUCAAAAUGCAAUUUGUGGCUAAUGAGAAAUCAUAUUGAAUUCUUGUUCCUUUAAGAUAUCGUUGCCCGUGGCUAACAGUGAAGCACUUGUCAUUUGUAUUUAUCUCGUGAAUUUUUGUUACGCUAUAAAAUGUAAAAGUAGCGCAUUUUACUGGUUAGGAUGAAUCGCAUAAUGCGUUUUAUGCACAUCAUGUAUUUUAAUUGUGACAUUUAAUUUAUAUUAAAAUAAAAUGAAGGCUACAAUACC